AUGGUCUUGCAGUCCAAACCCGUCCUCGCCGAGCGCGCAAUUAGACGCUUAUUCUCUCAACUCACCAGCAAAUAUCUUCAACAUCGAAAGUCGAUAUCUCGUGGAGUCUACUUAACUCUGUUUCUCGCCCUCAUCAAACGUAUACAUAAUGCUAUCUCGGAGCAAAGGGCUUCUCAGCAGGUGGACAUCCGGGGGCGGCCCGGUACAAAGAGCUUUGAAAGAAACAAUAUUAACGAUCAAGAAAGUGCGCCUAGAAAGAAGAUCGGGCUAAAUAGGGAGUUUUUGAGAAAUCUAGUGCGACUACUUCGAAUUGUGAUUCCUGGUUGGAAAACCAAAGAGUUCAGGCUGCUUCUCAGUCAUUCCGUUUUCCUCGUCCUCCGUACUCUCCUGAGCUUGUACGUUGCUGAGCUUGAUGGAAAACUCGUUAGCAGUCUGGUUAGGGGGAAGGGACGAGAGUUCCUACUGGGCCUGUUUUGGUGGAUGACGGUGGCGGUCCCCGCAACAUUCACCAAUUCUAUGCUAUCAUACCACCAGUGCCAGCUUGCCCUCCAAUUCAGGAAGCGUUUGACCGACUAUGUACAGAAUCAAUACCUGGAGAACAUGACUUUCUAUACGAUAUCUGCGCUUGACGAUCGAAUAAAGAAUCCCGAUCAGCUCGUCACGGUUGAUGUUGCACGUUUUUCUAACAGCCUUGCGGAGCUAUACUCGAAUUUAGCGAAACCGAUUCUCGACAUGGCUAUAUAUAAUUAUUCUCUUUCCAAAAGCGUCGGUGGAGAAGGCCUUUUUAUCAUGUCGCUUCUGGUCCAGUUAUCCGCAAACGUUAUGAGAGCUCUGACGCCGCCGUUUGGCAAAUAUGUUGCCGAUGAAGCUAAGCUGGAGGGAGAAUUUCGCUUCCAACACACUCGACUAAUCGAUUAUAGCGAAGAAAUUGCCUUGUACCAUGGCCAUGAGUCGGAAAAAGACACUUUAGACAAGGGAUAUUUUACAUUGAUAAAGCAUGUUAACCGAAUUUUGCGGAGGAGAUUGUAUCACGGGUUUAUGGAGGAUUUCGUGAUUAAAUAUUUCUGGGGGGCUUUGGGGUUGGUACUCUGCAGCGUUCCCGUUUUUUUUAAGAUACCUGACCAAGUUUCAUCUACAAUGGGCGAUCGUACUGAAAGUUUCGUCACCAAUCGGCGAAUGCUACUUUCAUCUUCUGAUGCCUUUGGCCGCGUGAUGUUUUCCUACAAAGAGAUUUCUCAAUUAGCAGGCCACACUGCCCGUGUUACCUCCCUUCUCGAAGUUAUGGACGAUAUAUCAAACGGCAGGUUUGAAAAGAAGCUAGUUUCUUCGGCAGCCACUGAGGGUCAUGCGGCAGUUCUAAGCAAGCGGGGUACAAUAUCCGAGAGCGAUUCCAUUGAAUUCACGGAUGUCCCCAUCAUUUCGCCAAAUGGUGACAUUCUCGUCGAGCAGCUGUCUUUUACGGUCCACUCGGGCGAACAUCUCCUUAUCGUGGGGCCAAAUGGAUGUGGCAAAUCAUCAUUGUUCCGGAUCCUCGGUGGUUUAUGGCCUGUAUAUGGAGGAACUGUGAAAAAGCCUGCAUUUGACCAGAUUUUCUAUAUACCUCAACGCCCCUAUCUGUCACGUGGCACCCUGCGUCAACAGGUUAUUUACCCAGAUGGCGUGAAAGAAAUGCAUGACAAAGGGGUUACCGAUUCGGACCUUUAUGACAUUUUGUCCAUCCUUGAAGUUUCGUCUAUAGUUGAUAGACCCGGCGGUUGGGACGCGGAGGAGGAAUGGCGUGAUGUCCUCUCGGGUGGGCUGCAGCAGCGAAUUGCCAUGGCUCGAUUAUUCUAUCAUAAACCGAAGUACGCGAUCCUAGAUGAGUGCACCUCGUCCGUCACGCUUGAGAUUGAGAAGGUCAUGUAUGAGACCGCAAAACGGCUGGGAGUUACUUUGAUGACUGUAUCCCAUCGACGGAGCUUAUGGAAAUAUCACAAGAACAUUUUGCAAUUUGAUGGGCAGGGGCACUAUGUUUUUACUGGCCUGGAUUGGGAAAAAAGGCUGAAGCUUGAGAAUGAAAAAGAGGAAAUUGAUCUCGAGCUACGCGCGGUCCCAGAGAUUGAAAAACGAAUUGCAGAGCUCACCACGGCAUAA